GCCUGCAGUCUCUUCCUGCGACCCACCAUUUCCUCCCCUCUUCGCUGGAUGGCAAUAGAGGUCUUCAGGCUGACUUUCCCAGGGCGUGACGCCAUGAAUCCCCCAUAAUCAGAACAGCAAACAGCGAAGACGUUUAGAAAGUAAAUUGUGGAUCGGGCAUAUGUUUUUCUGUUUAAUUAAGCGACACAGUCACAACAACAAUGCCUUCCAUUAAAAGCUUUACGAUGACUUACGACGCGCUGAAUGAGUCCCGGACGUUUUCGGAAGGAGACAGGAUAACAGGAAAAGUAACAUUGGUGCUAUUUAAGGACACCAAAGUACUGAAACUGUUUGUUAAAGCAAAGGGAGACGGUAGCGUGAGCUGGUCGACCACGAGCGGCGAUCGCAACCAUACGUACAGUGCAGGGAGGAGGUUUUUCAAACUGAAGCAGUUUUUAAUCCAAGAGGCGUCCCACGAAACAAUCAUUCCCCAAGGGAUUCACCACUACAAUUUUAGCUUUAACAUACCUCAAGGGACUUCCUGGUCUAAAGGACUGCCUUCAUCCUUCAAGGGGAAUCAUGGAAAGAUUGUUUACAAGCUGGAAGCUGUGCUGUCCAGGAGUUGGAGGAUGGACCGCACACUCAAAGAGGAGUUACAAUUUGCCUCCAAAUCCUUUCCACCCCGUCAUUCUCUGAUGUCACAGCAAGUUGGUUCAACAAACGAAGAGAUGGGACUCUUCUCAAAAGGACAUGUACGACUGAAUGUCACUGUUGACAGAAAGGCUUAUGCCCCAGGUGAAACAGUGGAUAUUGUUGCAAAUAUUGACAAUUCUUCAUCCAGUGAGAUGACACCCAAGUUCAAGUUCACCCAAGAAGUGGUGUACUGUGCCAGGGGCAAUACCAAAUUUGAAGAAAAUGUUAUCCACAAAGUGCUUGAUAACUGUGUUAAACCCAAAACCCAGAAGCAGGUCAGGUGUGCGUUCAAGAUUCCUCAAUUUCAGACCCUGACAAUCCUGAACUGUGACAUCCUCUCAGUGAAAUACUAUGUAAAGGUGUAUCUGGACAUCAGAUUUGCCUCCGAUCCAAAAGUCGUUUUCCCGGUGAUCAUUCUUCCACCUGAGUUAGCUCUUGGCCCUCAGCCUGAUGUGGCUGCAGAACCCUACCCAGCUGGGGCUGCUGGGGGCCCCAGUGACAGCGACUUUCAUUCCCCAGGGGUGUGUAUGAGUCCUUAUCCUGCAUUCCCACAUUCAGCCAUUCAUGAGUACCCAGGAGCUCAAAGGUACUCAGCACCACAACCCACAUAUCCAGAUAACCCACCAAUGUACAGUGGUCCACCAGUUGUGUACCCUGCUCAGCCAGCACACAUGAGCGGGUCCUACAGUAACCCAGCACCACAGCUCGCUUCUCCACAUAGAUCUCCAUUUUCAUCUCCAUCACCAUCUUUCAUGGUUCCACCUACUGCCCCAACAUCUCAUCCACCCCCAACUGCACCAGAGAUCUAUCCAUCCCCUUCCUCACUGUCUCACAUAUCCCCACCUGCUCCUACAUACAGUUUGCUGCCUUCUGCAUCAAUGCUGAACACAGACUUCCUGUCUCAAUCAGACGAACCUCCUCCAACGUAUUCCAACCUUUUCCCAUCUUCUCCUGAAAAUUCUGAUGCAAAAUAAUAGACUGAAUCAGUUCAGUAAUUAUGAGGUCACUAACAGUGCAAAAUCAGAUCUUCCGAACCAUGCUUAUUUAUCAGUUUUAGAUUUCAAGUGUGAAUGUAAAACAAAAAAAUGGCAUUGUGUGCAGUAUUUACUAUUUACGUGUUAACAGUAAUAUACAGAAAUAGGACUUCUGUAUUGUGUGUGAUGGUUGUUUUCCAGCCAGUUGUUAAAUAGCUAUUACUCAAACCUCAUGGGGAUACACUGUGUAUUUCAUGUGCCAUGUUCAACUCAAGUGCCCUAGACUGAUCAUUUUCUCAGCCAUGUAUUGAAUACCUACUCUUUCUACCUCACUGGUCUAUGUGGAAGAUAGUUACAAGAAAACAUUUACAACAUUUCACUGUGUUAAGGAAAAAAUACUUUUUAUACUUUGUUAAAGCAGCCAACCAAGAGGCUAAAAUAUAUAUAUAUAUAUUCGAUUUGUUUUACAGUCUGUUGAGUUACAGCAACUUCUGUUUAUGUCUUAUGUCUCAGCCUUGUAAAUUUGAAUAAAGAACAGUCAGGUCAAGUUUCUCUGUGAA